AUGAAUAUCUUUCUAGAUAACGUACCUGUUGGUACUACAAUAGGCAUUGAUUUGAACCAUUUCCAAUUACCAGCUUCACAACCGUUCCAUGGAUUCAAACAUAUACCGAAACAUGAGGGGAACACCGUUCAUAUCUUACAUUUCCAACGAGAUGAGAGUGGGAUAAGAUACGGGUACUGGAUUAACUCAGAUCGUCAAAAGUUCAUCAACUUCCAAUUCGAUCCAAUCAGGGAAAUAAUGGUACCUCAAUUGGAAAUUGACAACAACUCUGCUGUAAAUAAGUUCGAUAACUGCCAACAUUUGAUGGUAGAAUACCCAAGCAAUGAGUAUUCCGAGGAAUGGCAAGAAUUAGUGAAAUAUAUCCGCUGGAAGGAAGUUAGACUAUGGUGCGAAAGCGAAUUCAACAGCGAGUCAUAUGUAUACGUAGAUUCCUCAAUGACCAGCAUGGAAGAAGCCAACAUGCUUCAGAAAAGGGUUGGUGAUGUUAGACACAAUAUGAUAUUGGCACCAACAGAUGAGAUCACGUUUCGAUAUACUCCAAUUCGAUUCAAGGACCCUGAAUCGAUGAGGCCCGAAUUCAAGAUGCAAGACUUUCUCGAUAAAUCGUGGUAUCUAAUGCAAGUGAUACUAAUAAAAUAUCAUUACUCAAAUUUGAAAUCAUUAUUCGGAGAACUACAAUUCAGUUACUUGAACAGCAUAUUGUUCGCCAACUAUGGAUCCAGUUUACAAUGGCAUAACAUAAUUGAACUAGUCUGCUUCAGCGAUUGCCUUACAGAAGGAAAGUAUAAAGAGAUUAUGGAACAAUUGGAUAGUUUGUUAUGCACGCAGAUGAAGAGAAUACCGGAAGAAUAUCGAGAAUUUCUCAUCAACAUAGAACUUUUGCAAAAAUGUGUCAGGCGCAGUAAAGUGCCAUUACCAUCUUGGAAGACGUUAAUCCAGGAACAAUUCCUCAAUGAGACGUAUAUUGAAGAAGAAGAUCAAGACCACGAAGGUAGCUACAACGAAGAUGACAACGAAGACGAAAACGAAUAUGCACCAGCGAUAGCAUCCCAGGUGGUAUACACUAGCAGAUAA